CAUGGGUUUCAUUUCUUGCGCAAACGUUGUUAGAGAGUGUGUUACUUUUGCAUUUCAAAGAUUCUUGCCUGAGCUCUGCUUUUACGAGUCGUAGUAGACAAAAUGGUUGACGUUGUUAAUGAUACCCCGACGAAGAAGGCUAAGACGCCUAAAGUGAAAAAGCCCAAAACGGCACCGACACAUCCUAAGGUGUCCGAGAUGGUCAAUGCAGCUAUUGGGUCUUUGAAAGAACGCGGCGGUUCAUCUGUUCAAGCCAUUAAAAAAUACAUCAAAGCUAACUACAAGGUGGAUGCUGAGAAGUUGUCUCCUUUUAUCAAGAAAUACCUUAAAACUGCUGUUGCAAGCGGUGGUCUUGUUCAGACAAAAGGAAAAGGCGCUACAGGUUCUUUCCGAAUUGGAGGAUCCUCAUCUGGUACCAAGGAGAAAAAGGCAGCUGCCAAGCCAAAGAAAGCUGCUGUUAAGGCUGCACCAAAGCCCAAGAAGCCAAAGGCAACUACCCCGAAAAAAGCAGCGAAACCGAAAAAGGCAGCAGCCGCUAAGCCGAAAAAGUCCCCCACAAAGAAAGCGAAACCUGCAACCCCCAAGAAAGUGGCCAAACCGAAAACCGUCAAAGCAAAGACUCCCAAGGCGAAGAAACCAAAGGCAACUCCCAAGAAAGCGGCAGCCAAGAAGGGGAAGAAAUAAACCUGUUCAUCACUGACUUUUUUUUCCGAACUGAAACAUCUUUACGCGUUUCUUUUAUUUAUUUUUGACGGACCAAAUUACUGUUAACGAACUUCUGUUUUGGCGGCUUCAACUUGUGAAUUUUCAGAUAAACGAACAUUUUAUUAACAUUUCGAAGAAUUGUUAAUAAUAUUCAUUUCAUUACAGGUAAAAAUACAUUUUGUAACAUCGAGAUUUAGUUUGUAAUGUUUAUUUUAAUCACUUUCUAAACAGUUUUUAAUAGCUUUUAAUAUCGGACCACUGAAAUUUUCUGAUGUUUUUAAAAUAAUCUUUCGAAUUGAAUAUUUUACUUGUAAUAAUAUAAAAUGAGUUUGAUUACAAUUUUUGAUAAUCUUUUUUAAUUGUUUGAAGACUAAGAAGUAACAGAAGUUGUUAACAUUUUUCAUUGUAUUAUAAACAUAAUCAUCAUUUUAGUGUCCCAAGCUUUUUGUUAAUGCUGUAUCUCAGUUUUAAUGGAUUGUUUAAGAAAGUGGAUUUUUUUUUUUUUUUUCAGUUAAAGUAUCAAUAUGUUGUGUUCAAUCAGUAUACCAUACUCCUUUUGUUGCUUAAAUGAUUUAUGUAAUACUCUUUGGACACAAAUUGCUUUGAAGAUGUUUUGUUUGAUGUAUAAUAAAGCUAUAUUUUGUUAAA